AUGACGCUCAAAGGGAUUGAAUUAAUGCUAUACACGUGCACCCCAAAUACCCCGGUGCACCCCAAAUACCCCGGUGCACCCCAAAUACCCCGGUGCACCCCAAAUACCCCGGUGCACCCCAAAUACCCCGGUGCACCCCAAAUACCCCGGUGCACCCCAAAUACCCCGGUGCACCCCAAAUACCCCGGUGCACCCCAAAUACCCCGGUGCACCCCAAAUACCCCGGUGCACCCCAAAUACCCCGGUGCACCCCAAAUACCCCGGUGCACCCCAAAUACCCCGGUGCACCCCAAAUACCCCCAAUGCACCCCAAAUUACCCCCAAAUACCCCAGUGCACCCCAAAGCACCCAGUGCACCCCAAUGCACCAAAUGCACCCCAAU